GCGCUCCCCCCUCCCCUGUGGCCGGAGGGAGGCCCGGCCGCCCCGGGGUGGCUCUUCACCAGCCGCAGCCUCCUGCCGGUUGCUGCCCGCCGCGCGUCGGCUGCGCUCGCCUUCCCCUUGUGCUGGAAGAACAGACGGAGGGAGAUCCUUGCAGCCCGGCCCCCCCCCGAACCCAGUGGCCAUGGGGCCGCGGGCGCUGUCCGCGCUGCUCUGCGCGCUGGCCGUCCUGUGGUGCCCGCCCGCCGCCGCCGACAGCCGCGCCUCCCUGUAUAACAGCAGCACACUACAGAUCAGAAGUUUCAUGAUCUCCGUUGUAAGUCACCAGGAUGACCACAUACCUACUGAAGGUGAUAGUGAAAAUGACUUGGAAGCUGGAUCAGGAGCCACCAACCAUACCAGAUCAUUCAUACAUGACCAGCGAAUAGUGUCAGUGCAAACAGCAAGAUACCUCACUAGUCCAUGGCUGACGCGUUUUGUUCCUUCAGUUUACACCAUAGUGCUUGUGCUGAGUCUCCCCCUGAACAUUACAGCAAUACUCGUGUUUCUGAAAAAAAUGAAAAUUGAAAAGCCAGCUGUGAUAUACAUGCUGAAUUUGGCGCUUGCAGAUGUCCUGUUUGUAAGCGUGCUUCCUUUUAAGAUUGCUUAUCACUUUUCUGGAAAUGACUGGGCUUUUGGACCCGAAAUGUGCCGUUUCGUCACUGCUGCCUUCUACUGUAAUAUGUACUGUUCAAUAAUGCUUAUGACAAGCAUAAGCUUUGAUCGCUUCUUAGCAGUGGUGUAUCCCAUGCAGUCUCUUGGGUGGCGUACAUUAACACGUGCCUCACUGAUUUGUCUCAUCAUAUGGCUUGUAGCCAUAAGUGGGGUUAUACCUUUUCUCAUUAGAGAACAAACAAUGGAGAUACCCAAGCUAAAUAUAACUACUUGCCACGAUGUGCUAAGAGAAUCUGAGCUUCAUGGCUAUUACCUCCACUUCUUCUCCAUCUUUUCUUCUGUGUUUUUUGUAGUGCCAUUUAUAAUCUCUACUGUCUGUUAUGUGUGUAUCAUUCGAUGUCUUAGUUCCUCUACUCUUGUUACAAAACAAAACAAGAAGACACGUGCCUUGCUCUUGUGUGUGGCUGUUUUUUCUGUUUUUGUUAUUUGCUUUGGACCAACAAAUAUUCUCCUAUUAAUUCAUUAUAUCAAUUUUUCUUAUGACAACAGCUUAGAAUAUCUCUACUUUGCCUAUCUACUCUGUGUUUGUAUCAGCAGCAUUAGCUGUUGCAUUGACCCCUUCAUUUACUACUAUGCUUCUUCUCAGUAUCAGAGACAACUUUUCAGUCUCUUCAAUUGUAAAGAGACACUUGAUCAUAACAGCAGUAACAGCAGUGGCCAGUCAAUGUCUACCAGUAGUAGAAGGGGUACAUGCUCUACUCAUGUGAACAACAGUGUCUACAGGAAAUUACUAGCAAUUCAUUGAGAAAACGUCUUACAUAUGCUUAAUUUUUAGGCAAUUUCAGACAAAAAAAAAAGAAGACUGCAUUAUAUAUGAAAAGUUUUUGUACAAUACAUAGUUCUGUGGAUUUAUUAUAGUAAUGCACAAUUCAUAUUACCAUUCUGCAUAUGUACAUAUAUUGUAUAUGUAAAUAAGUUAACAUAGGCAUAAUUCCUUAAUAAUAGUUGUUGAGUGUUUUUCAAAUAAACUUUUCUUUUUCAGACAAA